CUCGAGGACAGCAACACACUACCUCUGUCGCUAUCUGCCAGUGAUUCUGCGCAGCUGGUCCUUUGAAUUUCAUCUGAAAAAUUCAGCCACAAAGAAUAAUUUAAGCACCAUGACCAGACCAUUGUAAUAUAUAUUAGUUACAUUGUAAUAACACAUGGAUAACUGUUUGCUGCUGCAUAGACUAUAACUGUAAGCGGCUACAACAGGUGACGUAGCCUACUGUUGAACAUAUUUAAUGUAUGCGAAAUGACUGCACCAUAAGCUUUCAGAAUUAUAAUGAAAGAUAUAUAUAAAGAUAGCUGUUGGACUUGUUUAUAGAGAUGAUCAUAGAGGGAUCAUGCUUGGAGGUCGACUUGUCUUUGCCUCUUUGUCUCUAUUGUCAGCACUGUCCAACGUCUAGUCCUGCUGUGAACGUUUUGAUUUAAUUUAUAGUUGAAUCCUAUUUGUAUUUACACUUAAUCUCAGCUAAAAUGACUUCAUCAUAUAACGAUGAGACCAAGAGUGACAUAUCAGAAUCUCUGGAAGUCUGUGAAUUCCAGAGACAGUAUGUGGAUUCAGUGGGUUACUUCAAAUCCAGAAGUCUGCCCGUUCUUAACGGUGGCUGUCCGACAGUUAAUGAGAUGUUGGAGCCAAGGCUGGUCAGCACGACACAGACUUUAGUAAAUACUGACCAGUGCUCAGUACUCAGCGAGCUACACCAGAAAAGAGACUCUAGCGAACUGGAAUCAUCUACCAGGACAGAUUUCUCCCCUUCCAUGUCCAGCAUGGUGGGUCUAAGUAGCUCUAUGAGAACUGAAGCCAACUGGGCAGGAGGCAAAAAAAUAGGCUUUUCCUUCAUGAGAUUCAUCCGAAUUCCUGCGAGGAAGUACGUUAGGGUGAUUCUCUCGGACUCUAGAUGUUUUCUUUUCUGUAUGUGUUACCUGACGUUCAUCCAGUCGUUGAUGGUCUCUGGCUACCUAAGUAGUGUCAUCACCACCAUAGAGAAAAGAUACAGCCUUAGAAGCUCUGAAUCUGGACUUCUGGUUAGCUGUUUUGACAUUGGGAGUCUGUUGGUGGUGGUCUUCAUCAGUUAUUUUGGUGGCCGUGGGCAGAGGCCACGGUGGUUGGCGGUAGGUGGGGUAUUUAUCGCUGUGGGAGCAGCUGUGUUCUCCCUUCCACACUUUAUCUCUCCACCCUAUCAAAUCCAAGAUGUCAACUCCUCCACGGGGAACAAGGGCCUGUGCAUUAAUGGCAACGGGAGCAGAUGGGACGGUCUGGAUGUGUCGUCCUGUCCUCGGGACCAGGAGGGCAACGAUCACUCUAUAUAUGUCGCCCUGUUUAUCUGCGCCCAGGUCCUGGUGGGCAUGGGUUCCACACCAAUCUACACGCUCGGACCAACGUACCUGGACGAUAACGUGAAAAAGGAGAAUGCAUCCCUCUACCUAGCCAUUAUGUAUGUGAUGGGGGCUCUGGGGCCAGCUGCAGGUUACCUGCUGGGAGGAGUUCUAAUUGGAUUCUAUGUGGAUCCCAAAACCAUAAUCAACAUUGACCAGAGCGAUCCACGCUUUGUUGGCAACUGGUGGAGUGGUUUCCUGCUUUGUGGUUUUGCCAUGCUUUUGGUCAUCUUCCCCAUGUUCACCUUCCCCAAGAAACUGCCCCCUCGUCACAAGAAGAAAAAGCAUGGGGCGGACAACACCUCCAAUGACGACGACAUCCUGAAAGAGAAAUCCAACAGCAAAGGCCAGACUGUCGCAUCCUCUAUGGGCUUUGGCAAGGACAUCAAAGAUCUCCCCAAGGCUGCCAUAAGAAUCCUCAGCAACAUGACGUUCCUAUUUGUGAGCCUUUCCUAUACGGCCGAGAGCGCCAUCGUCACUGCUUUCAUCACCUUUAUCCCAAAGUUUAUAGAGUCACAGUUCGGAAUUCCUGCCUCCAAUGCCAGCAUUUACACAGGGGUGAUUAUUGUGCCCAGUGCUGGUGUGGGCAUUGUACUGGGUGGCUACAUCAUAAAGAAACUGAAGCUUGGAGCUCGUGAGUCUGCUAAGCUGGCCAUGAUCUGCAGUGGAGUGUCUCUUCUGUGCUUCUCCACCCUCUUCAUCGUAGGUUGUGAGAGCAUAAACUUGGGCGGCAUCAAUAUCCCUUAUACCACAGGGCCAACGCUGACUCUGACCCAUAGAAACCUGACAGGAGGCUGUAAUGUGAAUUGUGGCUGUCGGAUCAAUGAGUAUGCACCUGUUUGUGGCUCAGAUGGCAUCACGUAUUUUAAUCCCUGCUUGGCAGGGUGCAGUAUGGUUGGCAAUGACAGCACCGGGAUCAGAAACUACACCGACUGUGCAUGUGUGCAGAGUAGACAGGUCAUCACCCCUCCUACCAGCGGUCAAGGCAACCAGCUGCAGCUGGUCAUUGUGAAGACCUACCUGAAUGAGAACGGGUUUGCAGUGUCAGGGAAGUGUGAUCGCACCUGCAACACUCUCAUCCCCUUCCUCAUCUUCCUCUUCAUCGUGACGCUCAUCACGGCUUGUGCACAACCCUCUGCCAUAAUUGUCACUCUCAGGUCAGUAGAUGAGCAAGAGAGACCGUUUGCUUUAGGAAUGCAGUUUGUGCUGCUAAGAACUCUUGCCUACAUUCCUACGCCCAUCUACUUUGGUGCUGUGAUUGACACCACCUGUAUGCUCUGGCAGCAGGACUGCGGCGUUCAUGGCUCCUGCUGGGAGUAUGAUGUCACUUCCUUCCGCUUUGUGUACUUCGGUCUGGCAGCAAGUCUCAAAUUUGUGGGAUUUGUCUUCAUCUUCCUCACCUGGUACUCGAUUAAAUACAAGGAAGAUCGCCUGGAACGCUGGCAGCAGCAUCUUGCGCCUCUGGGUACUGUCAGCGAACUCAUCUGCCAUGCAGGAGGCCACAAAAGCCACGCUCGCACACGCUCUUGCCCCGUUUUCACACCCCGUCCUGAACCCCCAGAGCAGCCCUCACUUAAUCGCGGACGCUGCAGCCAAAGCUGCCCUGGAAAUGCACUCAAAGCAAUAACCCCACCCAUCUGCUCUUUCUAGGAAAUGCACACUCGCAAUUAAGGCACGCCCUGAAUCUUUGCUCCAUCUGCCUCCACAUGCCUUCCUGUCAGGUGUCCUACUCCAUACAAGACAGGACUACCGCACAUCCUUUUUUCCGCUUGUCUCCUGCACAGCCUUCAGGAGCUUGAUGCAUACAAACAGAGAAUUUCAUCAAUGCAUACCCACAGCAAAUACAAUCACAUCAAAUUAAAGGUGCAUUCAGUAAUUUUGUCUUUAUGUUUUGCUGACACUGAGAUGUAGAUGCUAGGUUUUCAGUAACCGAUGCCACUGUAUAAGGGUGUUUCUUCAGCAUCGGACACUGUCAUGUCCUAGGGGUUGAUUUUUAUUAAAGCAAACAGAUUUCUUAGAUAAUCUUUUUCUUAUUGUUAUUUGAAGUUUACAUUAAAAACUUUUUACCAGGCCUUCAUUGUUUAUUUUUGGUACUUUUCAAAAUACCUUUUAUGCAACGGUUUUACUGUUUGAAAAUUAAAAUGCAUUAUAAAAAUGUAAAAUGUUUAAAACUAUGAUAAUCUAAGAGCUGAAAUAAACAAACCACUUAAAUAUUUGUGUGAAAAUUAUAUAUAUAUAUAUAUAUAUAUAUAUAUAUAUUUAGGUUUUUUUUUUUUUAUUAUGACUGUCCAACGUUUGAGGCGUCAUUUCCAUCACACACACACACAAAAAAAAGAAAGAAAAAUACUGUAUAUAUAUAUAUACAGUAUAUAUAUAUAAUAUGGGGCAAAUUUGUUUAAGUUAGCAUACUUGUUACCAAAGUUGAUAAAAGUGCCAGUGAAGGGCAUGCUUGAAAUUAAAUUAAAUAAGUGAUCAGUGGUAAAUGUCACUUGUGAGCAGAGUAUUUUUAUUGUAUAUUUAUAGUAUUUUUAUUUUCAAACAAGCAGUACUUUUACCAAAUUAUGCAACCAAAAAAAAGGGAAAAUAGAAUUUAAUUGUGUGUAUUUAAGAUACAUACCAAUGUGAACUAUGAAAUUAUCCUUAGCAAGACAAAGGACUUAUUUCAAAAACCUUAUAAAUGUAAUUUCCAUCACCAUCAUUUCCACCAGAGAAUUCUAUUAAACAAUGCAGUAUUUGAGAUGUGUGGAAAUGACCAUGUGGUGGGAUUUGUAAUGACUUUCAGAAGAAGAAAAAAAUGACUUUACAAAACUUUACUUUUUAAAAAUCCACAGUGCAGGGGGCCUGGGUAGUUCAGCGAGUAUCGACGCUGACUACCACCCCUGGAGUCACAAGUUUGUAUCCAGGGUGUGCUAAGUGACAGCCAGGUCUCUUAAUCAACCCAAUUGGCCUGGUUGCUAGGGAGGGUAGAGUCACAUGAGGUAACCUCCUCGUGGUCGUGAUUAGUGGUUCUCGUUCUCAAUGGGGCACAUGGUAAGUUGUGCAUGGAUCACAGAGAGUAGCAUGAGUCUGCCCAUGCUGCCGAGUCUCCGUGGUGUCAUGUAGAUGUGUGGAUUGACUGUCUCAGAAGCGGAGGCAACUGAGACUUGUCCUCCGCCACCUGGAUUGAGGUGAGUAACUGUGCCACCACGAGAACCUACUAAGUAGUGGGAAUUGGGCAUUCCAAAUUGGGAGAAAAGGGGAUAAAAUUAAAUAUAUAUAUAAAGAAUAGCAAUCCACAGUGCAAUAAGUGCCCGACCUGAAGAAACACCCUGAAAUACCCUAUUCACAGUCGGCCAUUAUUAAUUUAUUCUGCUAUUGAAUGUCCAAUUACAGGAGAUUAUUGAGAUAAAGCAGGUGUUUGACUGGAUAUUUGAUGUCAACAUGACAGCGCUCAUAAAUGUGCACCCAUUACCAUAUGUAGAAUAAAGCAGCUUUUUCUUUGAGACUGAAAUUACUCAAAUUUAAAAUGUCUAUGUGUGUAGAUUAAUUUUAAUAAAAGUUUUUCAAAAAUACUAAUAAUUUCUUUAUCAGACUUUCUGAAAGUUUAGCAGUUAACAAACACAUAUCACUGAGUGCACCUUUAAUGUAAAGUACUUACUGUAGUGGUGUUUGGAAGACAUAUUAUGGUGCUAAAAUGGGGGAGGGGAGGACAUUUUUUCUGUAUAUAUUUUUUAAAUUUCAAGAUAAUAUCAAAGAUGUACCACAAGCACAAAUCAGUACUAUGCAAAACUGUAUGACACUACGGCCUCCACGAUGCUUUCUACUGUAAUAUCUCCAUUCAAAACAGUGUCCCUACAGCAGAACAGCUUUCAUGUGAAAAACAUAAGCUCUUUUUACAUAAUCUUUCCAUAUACAGUGGUGUUAUUACCUCCUUUUGGCUAGUUAGGAGGGGUUGAUCAACGUGCAUGUGACUUGGGUGGUAUUCAAGGAGCUGUACUGGAACAUUUCGUCUCCUUCGGACUGAUCACACAGUGCUAUAAUUUGAACAGUGUCUCAAACUGCCCGCUAGCAGAGAAGUGUGCUGGCUAACAGGCAAAAUCACUGUGUGAACCUUUGGAGAAAAAACUUCUGCACAGUCUUCAUAUUUAUAAUCACUCUGUCUGUCUGCAUUGGUGACAAUUAGCAAAGUGAAUUUUAGUGAUCGACUCGCUUCUUUGAGUUUUGCAAUGCUGAGAAAAUAAUUGUUUUUAAAAAGUCUGUAAUUUCUGUUGAAUACGAUGCUAACAUGUUGACUUGUUGUCUGUCUGGUCCAGUAUCAGAUCUUAAAGGAGUCUUAAAGGGACAGUUCACCCAAAAAAUGAAGCUUCUGUCAUCAUUUACUCACCCUCAUCUGGAUGGAAUGACAUGAGGUGAGUAAAUGUUCAUUAAUGGGUGAACUGUCCCUUUAAAAAGUGAUUCAAUUACAGAUCGGUGACUCAGAAUGAGGAAUGUGGGACAGGAUUCAGUCGACCCCUCACCUGAGCAUGUUUGAGAAGCUUUAGCGAUAGCAUUUGUAAAGCUACAGCAGAAUCAGAGAUUCUUAAACUUUGGAUAGAGAGCUAAUAGCACUUAUCAGCUGUCUUUAAUAUCAGCAGAAACACAUGCUCUGGCUGUGCAACCAGUUCCCAGUGUGAAAAAAGCGUGAUCCACAAGCAGUGGUUUUAACCCUAUGCACUAACUACAUUAUAAUCCAAUUUAUGCCUUAUAUGAAAACCCCCAAAUGUUCAGUAGGCCUAUCCUUGUAAUCAGUAAUGAGUUUAUUAGACUCAAAGGAAUAGUUCACCCAAAAAUAAAAAUUCUGUCAUGAUUUACUCACCCUCAUAUUGUUGAAAUCCCAACUUUGACUUGCUUUUAUGAGUUUUCACACUUGGUUCAAUUGCCUGUUCCGAACCCGAGUUCGAUUGCUCCCCCCUGCCCCCGAUGGACUGUGUUCACAUUAUAUAUUUGUAUCCGAACCGCGGUACGCUUGCGUCAUCAAGCUGCAGCUGGUGCGUAAUCGUGUUGCUUGAUAACCGCGAAAUGAAAAGGCGUCAAAAUUCAAUGAAUAGACUUGCUUGGUUCACAUUUGUUCUUCUUUUUUUUAACCUUUGGUUUUGUUUUCAACAUCAAGAUACAGAAACACACUUGCGUCUGUCUGCAGCAAAAAUACUGAAAUCGUUCAAAAGACAGCGGGCUGUCCGCCGAAGACAAUUUUUGCGAAGGCAAGCAGAAAUCAUCUCUCUGCUUGCAGUGCGUGUUUGUGUGCGUGUGUGUCAAUCCCGCUUUUCGUCAAGGUAAGUGUAUACACACGCACGCACGCACGCACGCACGAAAGUAAACUCUUUCCGCUCAUUUUGAAAGUGACGCGUGUGAGACUGACGACCACAUUAUACGUCAUCAAUAGUGGUUCACUUCCGCGGUUUGGUUCGAUUGCGUUCAUAUCAGCAGCGAACCGUACUGGAGUUCACAUGAACCGUACCCCAGACCACCUUUUUAAGCGGACUCGAGUACGGUUCGCGGGUGCGCACCCGAGUUCGGAAGACAGCGUUCACAUCAUCCAAACGAACCGAACUCUGACGUCAUUCGAACCGGGGUGCGCACCAAAAGUGCUAGUGUGAAAGCCCCUUAAUGACUUUCUUCCAUUGGAAACUCGUUUUAAGAACUGAUAUCCUGUCAUCAUUCAAUUUUACUGCAUCUUUUUUUUUCUCCAUAUAGGACAGUGAAUGGUGACUUAGACUAACAUUUUGCCAAAGAUAAUUUCCUUUUAUGUUUCAAUGCAGAAAAUAAAGUCAAAAGGGGUUUUGAACAACAUGAGGAUGAGUGAAUUUUUGGGCGAAUAACCCUUUAUGCAAUAACAGUUGAUCAAUAUAUAGUACCUACAAAGUCAUGAAUUAUUUGCCGUUAUCCAUCAGAACUGCUCUGUUUUAUUUCAUUUAUGAAAUAGUCACCAGAUUUAUACAGGACAAACAUGGUUGUUAGAUACUAGUGCAGCAAGCAAACAACAAAGCCCAAUUUAUAUCGUCUCUACAUUAAGAGCCUCUGUUGGUUACAGAAGUAAUGAUUUUGUAAAAAGUGCUGUAUUGUGAUCACAAUCUCAAAACCACAUUAUGAGUACAUACUUUUUCUUUUUUUAUCUCUAGAAGUUGUUCACUGUCAAAAGUUUUUCAUAAAAGAUCAUGUUAACCAGGAUUUAAAAUGUUAACUCCAGUAUUAGAAUGUGAACAAAUUUAAAUCUGGGGUGUUUUAAGUUUAAUCAACCCCAGCUGUUGUUUGAAUUCUGUCUUGGUUCUAUUUUAUUGACAUGUAUUUACUGAAAUAAAGAAUUUAGAGAGAAGCGGCAAUGGAGAGGUCAAGCGCUUGGAACAGUACAUGCAUCAUUUGUGAACAGUUUAUUUUACAAAUUCCUAAUAACUUCAUGUUAUUAAAAUAACUAAAAUGUCAGUUUUCCCGCUCUUUGAUUUGAGUAGUGACAUGAAAAUCAAAAUCCAUUUAAUUCUUUUGCUGCGUAUUCUCGAAAGACGUCCUCAAGUCUUUGAGAAAAAAAUGCGCCCUCUGCCGACAGGUUUGGCUAUCGUCCUAUUUCACCGAUUAGUUUAGUGGUUCUCAAUCUGUUGUACAUGUAACAGCAGCAGUAUAAAAAAUAAUAAAAAUAUAGAUUUUAUUCAAAUGUUUUGUAUGAUUUAUUUCUAAUGUGCGUCUAUAGGAUUCAUUUAUAGCCCACUUUUUCUUCUUUUUUUUACAUCAGUAUUGCAGGAUGUGAAUAAAGUUCUCGUUGCGCGCGGCUGCGCUGUCUCUACACAGAAAACAGAACGGCAAUCACUGAUGCGAUCGAGGGAAUAUCCGUUUAAUUUAUACAUUCUCAGACUUCCUUAAAGUCUGUGAGCUUGAUUUCAGGCGAUCUUAAAUGGUGCUUUUGACUCAAAAAACACUUGAGGGGCUUUUCCACUGCACGGUACAACUCGACUCAACUCAACUCUGCUUGCUUUUUUGGGGGUUUUCCACUGUGGAUAGUAACUGGUACCUGUUACUUUUUUUUAGUACCACCAUGUCGAGGUUCCAAGCAAGCGGAGCUGAUACUAAAUGUGACGUCAGAAUCCUGCAAAUCACUGAUUGGUCAGGGAGAAUCGACACAUGACAUCAACCCGCUAGUUUUAAAGUUAGCAACAGCGAUAACAGUAUUGUUUGUUCACGCGACUUUCGAAUUGUGAAAAAAGAAAUGGCUGUGCACAAAACCACGCUGUGUCAAUAAACGAGAUGCAGGCGGUCCACUCGUUAGCGAUGAACGAAACGAAAAAGUCUCUUAGGAAGUGUAUCAGCUAUUGGCCGCACACGACUACCAUUGGACCUACCAACAGUGUAGGGAAAAGUUUAAAAAAAUUAAAAAGCUACAGAACCAGUGGAAAAGGGGAAGUGGUUCAACCAAAUGGAUGCUAUCUAAACUGGCGAGCAAUGGGACGGAGAGUGCCCUGGACUCGAUGGAGGAUGGCAUGUUUUGUUAAGUUAACUCUACUCUGCUUGAAAGCUUCACUUUAUUAGUUGACCAGCUACUGAAAGCUUGCUUCUAAAACAACCAAGCCAAUUUAACUGCUUUAUGCAGCACAAUGAGCUAGUAGCAAACAGCUAGCGGUCGUGUUAUUGUUUUGGUCAGUUUGUGUCAUGUUUAAGAUGAUGUCACUGCAGUAGAGGCGGCGCAACUAUGACAAUCAGCCUAUAAUCCCACCCAUGCUGAGGAGGCACUGAACUGCAGUGGAAAUGCAAGCUCAGAAAGUAAAGCGAGUAGAGUCGAGUCAAACCGUAGCGUGCAGUGGAAAAUUGCCAUUGGUUGGAUUUGGCUGUGAUUUGUUUUUGACUUCACUGGAACAUUGUUCGGAUGAGGGACAGCGAAAUGGAGCAGGUGUUUGACAGCUGUGCGUAAGGUAGCUCUAUUUGGCGAAGAUUGCCGUUAUGUCACCUAUGACAGAGUCCGCCUACAACUUGAAAAAUAAUACGUAAUUAGACAAGUUUUAAAGUUAACGUAAAGGCAUGAAUAAGAGUAAAAGUAACCUCGGAUAGCUUACUGCAGCCGCUGCUUUCAUUGAUCACGUGCACAUUAUCACAUAUUUUUAAGGGUGAUGCUAGUUAAAGAAUUGUUGGCAUUGAAAAGCAGGUUCUAGCAAUGCCUAGGCUACAAAUGUCUAAAUAUACAGCUCAUUAGAUAGUCUUUUGUUUGAAUUGGAUUGCAAAAAUUCGAAAUGUUAAUAUUGAAUGUGCUGAUUGUGUGAACGACAGGAAUAUUAAUCAAAUAUGGCAUUGUGUUUGUUGCUCACAAGUCAAGACUAUGCUCAAAAAUGUAUAUUUGCCAAACGCUGAAAAAUAUUUAAGUGAACAUUGGUGGUGAAUAUGUGGUACUUGAAUGUUCUGAUUUGAUUAAAGGUGGUACUUGGCCUGAAAAGUUUGAGAAGCACUGGAAUAGUUUGUCUCCUGUUACUUGAAAAUUGAUCAAACCAUAUAAAUACAUCGUCAUUACCAAUUCUUUCUAAUAUUUAUAAUGAAGUAUUUUGCAAAGAUCAAAAAUAUUUUUUAUAUAUAUUAUUUGGGGUGUCUGGGAAUCUAGAUUAGCAACUAAUUUUUACUUCAACUCACACACACACACACACACACACACACGACAAUGAGAGAUUUAUGAAAAAGCUGGAAUUUUAUUUUGAAGGAACAAGCUACUGUCAAAUGACGAAUGAAAUGAACAGCUUGAAUCUGUUAAGCGUGAAAAUAUAUAAUAUAAAAAAAACUGCUUGGUUUUGUCUUUAGUUUCAUUUAAGCAGAAAAUAUAUACAACAGAAAAAGGCAGAAGUAAAAAAACACUUUGAAAAGCAUCAUAGAUCAAAACAUACAUCAAUCAUGACUAAUAAAUACCAAUCAUUUCCAUUUCAUUGUGAUGAGGUGAUACAUCUUUACAAUGGAAUAAACUGGACUUUAAUGAAUUAAGC